AUGGAGGCUUCCGACUGGGGCCCCUCCGGGGAACCCCCAGCAGAAGCACCCGAGGAGGGGCCCCCAGGGGCCUUUCUGCUGCGGCUUUGCGUGCUUCUGUGGCUAGCCCUGUUUGCUGUUGCUGUUAUCAUUCGCUACGCGCUGCUGCUGCAGCAGCAGCAGCUGCCGGGGACCGGCAGCUCCGCUGCUGCCGCGACAGCAGCAGCAGCAGCAGCCGCUGCUGCAACAAAGGAAACGACCAAGGCCCAGGCCUUCAAAGCCCACGUUGUUCUUCUCAGGGCAGUCUUCAGAGAAGUGGUCUCCAACUUCUUGCGAAAGUGCCUCGUGUGUCUUCGGUGGUUUUUUUAUUUUCUUUCUUGGGCAGACACUGAGGGCCUUGAGGUGUACGUACACCGCGACAAGCUGCUGCCCGAAGCAACAGCAGUGCUGCAGCAAAAGCAAAUCAUCUUCAUCCGACAUGGGGAGUCGAUUUGGAACUACUGUUUCAACCGGGGUGUAUGUACACCUCAGUUCCCGCUGCGGCUGCUGCUGCUGCUGCUGUGCGAGCUGCUGCUGACUUGGGAAUUUGAUUCUGUCUUUGUGGAUUCUCCUUUAUCUUCCUUGGGAAUGGAGCAGUCUUUGAGCAUUAGACAUCUUCUUGCUGCUUUGACAGCUCAAAAUGCUGCUGCUGCUGCAGCAGCAGCAGCAGCAGCAACGGACGCCGCAGCAGACGCGCCCGCAGCAGAGGAGCCGCUCAAGGGCGUUAGGCAGCUCGCUGCAGCUGCGGCUGUGCAGAAGCAGCAGCAGCAGCAGAAGCAGCAGCAGCAGCAGCAGCAGCGGCAGCAAGACACAGCAGAAGCAGCAGCUUCUGCUACAGGCGGAAAGCCAAACUUGGCGCAGAGCGAACAGCAGCAGCAGCAGCAGCAGCAGCAGCAGCAGCAGCAGCGGAUCCUGUUCUUGACUUCGAAUCUCAG